AUGUGUCUUGAUCAGCCUUUGGCCCAAGCAUUUCAGCUCUCUGUUUUCACCACCCCAAUUUCUUCUCUCUACAAUUUAGGUAUGAAGUCGCCAAGCAUUACUAUGUCUGACCUUUGGACACGUGGAUUGGUAGUCCUCGCCACACCGGAACCGUGGGAACAACAUUCCGUCACCAAAAAAACUCUACGUCGGACCCGUAAGCGCUGUACUUACGCCCUUGUCGUCUUGCUGGGAAUCGUGGGGCUUUUGGGCGUAACCUUGGGGAUUACCAACCGCACGAACAGUCGCACCGAAAGCCAAACGACUGCAAUAACGGCGACUGACGGUACAACUACCGGAGACGCCAACGGCAAUAGUGACAAUUUGGAUGGCGACACCAACAAUGCACUCUCCGUGUCACAAACGUCCCACGUCAUAGCUUGGCCGGUAGCCACUUCCUGUCUGGAUGAACCAUUUCGGCCACUCGUACGGGUUUCUUGUGGCGCCACGGAAACGGUACGUAUUCGCACCGUCCAAAACGCUAACCGCACCCUCACAAGCGAUCGCACCAACGUAGCCACGUGCGUCCCCAAUCAGCUCGCCAAUUCCGCAAGGUUGGCGGUUGCCUUUGGGACUGUACCGGCACCGUGCCGGGGUCCGUCGGCCCCGUCCAAGCGGUGUUGUCCCCGUCGCUCCCUACCGACACCGCCAAUAACGUUGCGGACGAACCCCGACCAGUCCUGUGAAGGGAUGCUUACGGAAAUUCUGGAUCCCAUCAUGGGCCUCAAUCCUGCCAAUCCAGCCACCUGA